CAGAGUUGAGGAGGAAUACGCUGGGUCAACGCUGAGUCUGAACCGGAGCACUUUAUACGAACCGGGGACUGAUUUCGAAAAACAGAAAAACUUCAAAGGUGAGCCGCUUUCCGGCACGCGCGUGAACAGUAACGCCGACUUUUCACCUUUGAUGGUUGGAAGAACCGCCAGAAAUGCCAAACUGGGGAGGAGGGAACAAGUGCACGGCGUGUCGCGGGACAGUUUACCACGCCGAGGAGGUGCAGUGUGACGGCAAGAGUUUCCACAAAUGCUGUUUCCUCUGCAUGGUCUGCAGGAAGGGUUUGGACAGCACCACACUGGCAAUUCACGAUCAGGAAAUCUACUGCAAGUCCUGCUACGGGAAGAAAUACGGCCCUAAAGGCUACGGCUAUGGACAGGGGGCUGGAACGCUCAACAUGGACCGAGGAGAACGACUGGGAAUCAAACCAGAACUGACUUCGACUCACAGACCCACCACCAACCCGAACCCGUCCAGGUUCGCUCAGAAGUUUGGAGGUACGGAGAAAUGUGCCCGGUGUGGAGACUCCGUCUACGCUGCUGAGAAGAUCAUGGGGGCUGGCAAGCCGUGGCACAAAAACUGUUUCCGAUGUGCAAAAUGUGGCAAGAGCCUGGAGUCCACCACCCAGACAGAGAAGGACGGGGAGAUCUACUGUAAAGCGUGCUACGCCAAGAACUUCGGGCCCAAAGGGUUCGGUUACGGCCAGGGAGCCGGCGCUCUAGUACACGCACAGUGAUGACGCCAGCAGGACCAGGAACCCCCCCCCCUCCUAACAUCUCAGACUGCAUCUCUGAAGCUGUGUAACGCUGAAUAAAGACGUGGAGAAGCUGCG